CUAAAACAUGAGUGAAAAAGAUCAAAACGGGACCCACACACGCGCCGCUACUUACUUCCUUUUCAUCGCCAAAAGCAAUUCAUCAAAGUACCUCCUCUCUCUGAGCAUACGCCGGCCAUUUUCUCCGGUUAUCUCUUCCUCCUCUCUCAGAUCCGCCAAUGUUAUUUGCAGUAGAAGGUGGAGGAUUCUUCUCUUCAUCAGCUUCCGGGUAUAGCAACGGUCUAGCCCUUCUUCUACUAGGCCAUAAGAAUGAACAGAAACCUGUGAGGGUAUCACCUUGGAGCCAUUAUCAUUUGGUAUCCGAACAUACUGAUACCAAGUUUCACUUUGAUUCCUCUAAGAAUUGGCUCUCACGUCGCUGCUCUUCCCUUAUACGCUUUGGUCGCAAAUCUGAUAGACCGGGACAACCACAAGAUUUGCCUUCUGACUCUUCAGUUCAUAGCUGCGAGGGGAAGAAGGAUCAUGCACCACCACCUCCGAGUGUUGUUGACUAUAACUCUGAAGUCAGUAAUAGGUUUUCACUUAAGAGCAGCUUAAAGAAAAGAUCAUUUAGCGAUGUUCUUCUUGCUGAUGAUGAUGUGAGUAGAGACUGCGUGUUGGAUCAUGCUGACAGAAGGAAAGUUCAGUGGCCUGACACCUGUGGUAUUGAGAUUGCUGAGGUCAGAGAAUUUGAGCCUAGUGAAGUGGAUGAAUCAGAUGAUGAGUUGUAUCAUGGAAAUAGAAAAAGCUGUAUGUGCACAAUCAUGUAACCAGCUUCCCCCUUUAAUUCGUCGGCCAGUAUUUUAAACUCAACAAAGCAGAAGCUGAAGACAUGUGUUCAGAAACAAAGGGCUUUCAAACGCAGCUCAUAUUGUUGAGGUAGAUAGCUCUCCGAGUUCUUGUCCUCUCUUAUCAUGUGCACCUUUUUGAUAUUUAAAUAGAGAGAGAGAGAGAGAGAGAGAGAGAGAGAGAGAGAGAGAGAGAGAUGAGUAUAGUUUGCCAAAAAAAAAAAAGAUUGGAUAAGAAGAGGAACUUUCGGAUGUGUACCUUUUGUAGCCACUUGAUGAUUUGUCAAUUCUUUGCUGUGUUAGAGAGAUUAUUCAAUGUACAACCAUCUCUCUAAUGCUUAUACCAUGUCUUGUAAUGAUAAAAUCCACACCACAGCUUUUGGAGUUGAAAAUCCAACAUUCAUCUUUUUAUA